AUGAUCAAAACUUUGGGCGUGGCCUCUGCUCGCAUCUUCUUCUUCUCCAGACAUCCAUCAACGACCUCCAUUUGGGUGUCGGAUCGCCGGAAGUUCUCUGUCAUGGCCAGUGGAAUCGGCGGCGGCGAAGAGUUUGUAAAAGGAAAUGUUUAUCCAAAUGGCGUCGCUUUCAUCACUCUUGACCGACCUCAAGCUCUUAACGCCAUGAAUCUAGAAAUGGAUUUAAAGUACAAAAGCUGGCUUGAUGAGUGGGAAUCUGAUCCCAGAGUGAAAUGUGUAAUCGUUGAAGGAAGCACACCUCGGGCCUUUUGUGCAGGAGGUGAUGUGAAGCAGAUUGCUACCAAACAUCAAUUGUCAGAUAUGAUAGAGGUAUUUACAGCUGAGUAUCCCUUGAUAUGCAAGAUUGCUGGAUACCAAAAGCCAUAUAUCUCUUUAAUGGAUGGCAUAACAAUGGGAUUUGGCAUUGGUCUUUCUGGACAUGGACGCUACCGGGUGAUAACAGAGAGGACGGUCCUCGCAAUGCCAGAAAAUGCAAUCGGCUUGUUUCCAGAUGUUGGGUUUUCAUAUAUAGCAGCUCAUAGCCCUGGCAGAGGAUCUGUUGGUGCUUACCUUGGUAUGACUGGGAGAAGAAUUUCCACACCUUCAGAUGCAUUGUUUGUGGGCCUUGGGACACAUUAUGUACCAUCUGGAAAGCUAGAUUCACUCAAAGAAGCCUUUUUGUCAGCUGACCUUUCCAAGGAUCCUCAUCAAGACAUCCAAGCAACUUUAUCAAAUUACAGCUGCGAUCCUGAAUCUGAAGCCCACCUCAAAAUGCUUUUGCCUCAAAUAGAAUCAGCUUUUUGCGCAAGUAAGUCUGUUAGGGAAACAAUCGAAGAGCUAAAGAAGUACCAGCAGAGCACUGAUGCUUCAGUUGCAGAAUGGGCUAAUGAAGCACUCGAAAGCCUUGGAAAAGGGGCACCGUUCUCUCUGUGCCUAACACAUAAGUACUUCUCCAAAGUUGCAUGUGCCAAGGGUAAAGCCAACAGUGAGAUGGCAACACUUAAUGGUGUGAUGAAAACUGAGUAUCGCAUUGCUCUAAGAUCUGCCUUGCGUGGUGAUUUCGCUGAAGGUGUUAGAGCAGUUCUGAUCGACAAGGACCAGAAUCCAAAAUGGAAACCAGCAAGCUUAGACGAAGUAGAUGAAAGUGAAGUGGAUGCUCUCUUUAAGCCAUUAAGUCCUGAAGCGGAAGAGCUAAACGUAUGA